AUGCACGGCGUAUUGCCGACUGUUGAAAGUGGCAAACCAGUGAAGCAGCAAGUGGAGGGCUUGCUGGCCUUUGCCCAAGCACUCCACCGACAGCAGCGGAAAAACGCCCAGUUCCGAGCCCGACGCUGGUCCCGGGCCUUCCCCCACGGUGCAGACGCGGACGCGAUUUUGGGGGACGAGGUGUUGCCGAGGCAUUCCAUCUUGCCGGCACAAGGGGAGCCAAGUCGAGAGGUUCAACCUCGAGGAGGUGACGAAGAUCUGCCGACUGGGGUCGACAGCGAUGGAAGUAGCGAUGAAGAGCUGGUGCGCAAGAAAGGCACCGGAAGAAAUUUACCGAAGCUCAGCCCUAGUAUUCGAGCCAACAAGCUGCAACUGGCGGAAGAAUUACUGGGUGAGGAGGAUUUGUCAUUAGCCGAGGCGCAGGUCUUGGUGGAGAAAUACCGCAAACGGAACCGUGCGGCCGAAGCAGCAGUUCAGGCAUCGGUGGAGCGCUUUCAUCGAGGGCGAAAACAGCAGGAGCCCUUGCUGGACGAUCUGAAGACACUGAAGAAGGUGAUCGCAGACAAGAAUCGGCACUUGCACCUGCUGGAGGGCUUUGGUGGCUUGGGCAUUCGGCAGUUAAUCAAACACAAGGCAAGUCACUGGGACGACGGCACGCGCGGAUCUUCCAGGUCAUCUGCAAGAACUCCCCCAGAAUGGCAGCCAAUUUCGAAGAAAUCUGGCGACGAAAGGAGGCCCAGUUUCACCCGAUCCCGAGAUGUCGAUGUUUGGUCACUUCGGACGAAUUCCAAAGAUUCCACUGGGCGUCGACAGGCCGAGUCCCCUGAGUUUUCGCCCGAGGAGGAGGAGCAGCGGCUGCUGGCCAUGGCUCAGGACCUGGCCAGUAAAGAACUCGCGCAGUCCUUGCGACUUCGAAGAAGUCCCAUCGGAAUGCGACCAAAAGGCGUUGAGCAGAAGAACACAGAUUGGCUGCAUGGUUUGCAGCGCAAAAGGCAGAAAAGCGGGGCUGCCCACGACUUGACGCUGCAGGUGCCGCGGCAUCGGCUACAGCGAGCUCCGAGGUGCUUGCAGCCCUUGUCCGAAAAGGACUUGGCAACGCGCCGCAUUGGCAACGUAGUCUUUUGGCACUCCAGCGCCUGGCCUAGCUCCCUCCGGAGAGUUGCCAAAGCUAAAGAGAGCUUCUGGCCCACAUCAACAGCAUCUUGUGCCAUGGACUUUGAACACGAGUUUUCGGAGUUUCCUCAUCGAUCAGAAAGCGCGCGCGGAACAUUGGAAGAGAAUGCGCGAAGGUCGGCCAAAGUCGCCGCCUGGUCACGCGGCAUUCACGUGGCAGAUCCAGAAGGGACCAUGAAGCGCAUGUUUCAAAAGUUCAUCGGAGACAAGCUCCAACAGCAACUGGAGAUUCAGAGCACACGUGCUGCGGAGGACCCUGCGACAGAAAAGGCUCCAGCCACGCAGCCAGCCGCCAGCAGCUCGAGUUCAUCGAGCUCCAGUUCCAAGAAGAAAACGAAGAAAACCAAGAAGGUGAAAACAAAGAAGAAAGAGAAAAAGAAGAAAUCGACUGGCAAAAAGAAGAAAUCUGAGAUGAUGGUGCGUUUGAAGAGGGAACGACAAGAGGCAGACCGUGAGGUGCCAUUGGAUCCCAAAUUUGCAAAGAUCAUCAACCGUGCCGUGGUGUGGUUUCCGCCAAAAUGUGAAUCCCUUGAUCCCCAAGACAUGACGACCGCAACAAGUUCGUCACAACGAUGUCCUCAACGCCGACGGAGGCUGCUGGAAAUCACGGCCGGCGCGCUGCGCCCCCUGAGAAUGACUGGAGAUGGAGCACGGCACCAGUGGAGGUGGAGUGACAGGUUGAUCCCGGGAGCAGCGACCAGAAAAGUGGAAGGGGCGGGUCGAACAUUUCUGAGGUGUUGA